GACUCCAAUUCCCGUCCCCUUCGGUCUGCCUCUCCUAUGCAUCCUGAAAAUCUCUUCAACCCGUGGCUUUCUCCGAGUGCUUCUAUGUAUGAUUGCAGACAAUAAACUACUUAUUAACUAAAUAAAGAAUAGUCAAGAAAACAAGAAAAUCAGCCAUGGCUCCUACUCCUCAAGAUGAUAGAUCACAAGGAGUCAAAGAGGAGUCCAUGGCUUCCCAAACAGCGACCCGCCCUAUCUCCAGUCUCCUGCUCAUCAUCGCUAUGCAGACAGAGGCGCUGCCGUUGGUGAAUAAGUUCCAGCUCACCGAGGACGCUGAUUCCGGGUUCCCAAAAGGGGUCCCUUGGUUGCGUUACCAUGGCAACUAUAAAGAUCUGAAGAUUAAUAUUGUCUGUCCUGGAAAAGAUACAGCUUUGGGGGUCGACAGUGUGGGCACAGUUUCUGCAUCUCUGGUCACAUAUGCUUCUAUUCUAGCUCUGCAACCUGACCUCAUCAUAAAUGCGGGCACUGCAGGUGGGUUUAAGGCAAAAGGUGCUUCCAUAGGUGAUGUGUUUGUUGCAUCAGACGUUGCUUUCCAUGAUCGAAGAAUACCUAUUCCUGUAUUUGAUCUUUAUGGAGUUGGUUUGAGACAGGCAUUUCAGACUCCUAAUCUUUUGAAGGAGCUCAAUUUGAAAGUUGGCAAAUUGUCGACUGGUGAUUCACUGGACAUGUCCCCUCAGGAUGAAGCAUCUAUCAGUGCAAAUGAUGCAACAAUCAAAGACAUGGAGGGUGCAGCUAUUGCCUAUGUGGGAGAUCUUCUGAAAGUACCUGCAAUAUUUAUCAAAGCAGUGACAGAUAUUACUGAUGGCGACAAACCAACAGCUGAAGAGUUCUUGCAAAAUCUGGCGGCAGUUACUGCAGCACUUGAUCUAGCAGUCACGCAAAUUGUUGAUUACAUUAAUGGGAAGCGCCUUUCAGAACUUUGAAGUUUGAACAAUCCCGAAUUUUCCUGUUCAUGGCUCAUUAAACGAAAUCCAGGAGAUCAUUCUCAAUGUCUUGUUAUAAAUCCGUGUGACUUGCAAGUGGAACAAUGAAAUGUUGUCUUUCUCUGUUCCCUUGAAAAUGUCUUGGAACCGUUAGUACGUCAAUCAUGAUAUAGUUUAUUUGCUUCUGUUACUAUAGCCUGUCAAUUGCGAAUUAAUCUUUGAUACGUUGCUGGAUUAUUGAAAUUGGAGCUUGCUUUGCCAACUCCCAUGUUCUCCUGGUUAAA